UCUUCCCUGUCGUCCUCUGUUCACGAACUUCCUUCUGUAAAAAAUCACAUCUAAUCGCUUCAAAUCCUCAUCAUGUCCGCCGUACGACCUUUGCGACGAGGUAUCAACCUCCUGGGUUCGAAAUCGCUCUCGCAGCCCACUUCUAUCGUCGUCAAUGGCUCGACACUCCUCCCGCGGCAGUUGACAUCUCCGCUCCACCGCGGUCUCCGCACUCCGACUGCUGCACGCCCAUUCCUCCGUGCCAGCUCUGCUUCUUCCUCUAAUGGUGGUGUGCGAUUUGCUUCGUCUGCAGCUCCUUCGGGGCCGCUGAGACAGACUCAGCUCUAUGACCUACAUCUCGCCCGGGGCGCGAAAAUGGUGCCCUUUGCGGGGUUUGACAUGCCCUUGCAAUACUCCGAUCUCAGCCAUGUUGAAAGCCACAAAUGGACCAGAGAAAAGGCAAGCUUGUUCGAUGUGAGUCACAUGGUUCAGCACGAACUCAGCGGACCAGGCGCAAUCGAGCUCCUGAUGAAGGUCACACCAUCAUCCCUCGAUAAGCUUGGUCACAACCAAUCCACCCUCUCUUGUCUGCUCGAAGAAGGCACCGGCGGUAUCAUCGAUGAUACCGUCAUCACCCGUCGUACUGACGAAACCUUCUACUUCGUCACCAACGCCGGCCGGCGCGACGAGGAUCUAGCUUUCUUGGAAGCCGAGAUAUCCGCCUACAAGCAAGCCCACGGCGCCGACAGCAUCAAAUGGUCCAUCCUCGAGGACCGCGCCCUGGUCGCCCUUCAGGGCCCCCUCGCAGCUGAGGUCCUCCAGUCCUACGUCCACGGCUCCGGUCCAGAAACAGACCUCAGCACCCUCUACUUCGGCAACUGUCGCGAGCUUCAUCUCACCCUCCCCGAUGGCUCGCGCACCCCUCACCCCCUCCUCAUCUCCCGUACCGGCUAUACUGGCGAGGACGGCUUCGAAAUCUCCAUCCCAACAGCAGGCUCCCCCUCCCUGCCCGCCCAAGUCACCGAGCUCCUCCUCACAAACGCUGACCAGGUCCGCCUGGCCGGCCUAGCAGCCCGUGACUCCCUCCGCCUGGAAGCAGGCAUGUGUCUCUACGGCCACGACAUUUCCACCGCCCAGACUCCCCCCGGCGCAUCCCUGGGCUGGGUCGUCGGCAAAGACCGUCGCGACCCCGCAACCGCCAACUUCAAUGGCGCCUCCGCCAUCCUCCCCCAGCUCGCCUCCCCCGCCAAGACCCUCUCCCAGCGUCGCGUAGGCUUCACUGUCGAGAAGGGUUCCCCCGCCCGUGAAGGUGCCGUCAUCGUUGAUAUCAACGACGAAUCCCGUACUCCCGUCGGCAUCAUCACCUCCGGUCUUCCCAGUCCUACUCUCAGCGGUACCAACAUCGCCAUGGGCUACGUCAAGCAAGGUCUCCACAAGAAGGGCACCGAGGUUGGCAUCUUGGUUCGUAACAAGCUCCGUAAGGCUACCGUUACCGGUAUGCCCUGGGUUGAGAGCAAGUUCUAUCGUGGCAAGGCCUAGACCCACACUGGGGUUGAAUUCUGUUCCUCUGGUUUUUGAGCUUUUGUGGUUGCAGUUUCUGUUCCUUUUUCCUUUUAUUGAAUUGCUUCAUGCCGUGAUGUACUGUAGAUAUUACGAUUCCCCUUUUCACUGCAUUUGUGCGAGACAGUCACCAUCUUGUCUCGAAUUGGAUGCCCUGUCUCAGCUGGGUGUUUGAUUAAUCCUCAACGAAUGAAUAAAAGAAUUUAGAAAACUUCAUAUAUGGAUUUGUUCUUGGUUUGCUGUAGUACUAUGUAGUUUCUACCUGUAACGUUCAGUUGGGUACGUUGUUUGAUUACAGCCCAGUUUAGGAGAUCAGUGAUUUUCCAUCUUACUCCUGAAAGAGGGACCUUAUAUUACAGACUCCUAGUUUUGC